AUGUGGCCAGGAAAUAGCAGACAUUUGCAUGAAGUUUUAUCACACGUCUUUUUAGGAUUGUUGGAGAUGGAUUAUUACCUUGCUGUCUUCAUUAUUGCUGUUCUACAAUCAUAUAAAAGCUGUGUUUCUGUCACAGUGAAAAGAAAAUAUGUGGACUCAACUGUGAAACUUGUCCAUGCUAUGACUCUAGAAUGUGUCUACCCAAAGACGGCAAACGUAUCCCAGAUGUCAUGGAUUAAAGAAAAGGGCAAUAACAAAGUAAACAUUGUGGUCUUCAAAUUGCCUCAUCUUUUAUAUAUUAAAGACCAAUAUAAGCUCAGAGUCCGUGUUAGUAAUGAUACCACAAACAACAAGUCUCUGGUUUUCAGCAACGUUAUCGAGGAAGAUACCGGCUUUUAUGUAUGUUCCUUUCAGACCUUUCCAUUUGGACACUGGGAAAAGAGAAUAGAGGUUGUUCAAUCAGAAGUAGACACAUUAGAACCUAAUCUUAUUCCUGCAGCUGUUCCACAGUCCCACUAUCUGCAGGGAGAUUUUGAACCUCAAGUCUCGUCAAAUCAUCAGAUCUUUGCUGAACCAGGGGAAAGUGUCACCUUUACACAUACUUUUGACUCUGACAUAGUAGUGAAUCAAGUGAUAUGGGAAAGGAUCCAAGUAGACUGCAUGGACUUCAUAGUCCAAUGUGAUAAUUCUAAUAUGCUAAUCUGUGGUUCAGAUUACCAAGAUCGCGUAGAGAUGGAUUGUGCCACCGAAACAAAUAGCACAAUUGUACUCCAUAAUAUCACAGUUUCUGACUCUGGAAUGUACCGCUGUUUUUACACUGGAAGAAAUGGAAAAAAUGCAACUGGCUGGAUAAAACUGACUGUCGGUGGCAGUGGUAGUGUCACUUCAGUUUUUAAGGAUCAUCUGUAUUACAUUGUUGGAGCAGCCACUUCACUUUUAAUAGUAAUCCUGGUCAUUGUUGGGACGAUUCUUCAUUACAAAAAAAAGAAGAGGAAAAGAGCCACGAUGAUGGAAAUCUGUUAUACUUCUCAGAUCCAGCCCUCACAGAGGUGUAGAAAAUCAUGCUGCUGCAGCAAAGGAAAUGCAAGCAGAGAUCAAAAUACCACAAAAUCUGAAACACCAGACACACAAUUCUACAUCAACUGCAGAGGCUUCUCACGCAAACAGAAUAUGCAAGUGUGAACUCUUGCCUUCUACGUGAAUGAGCAGCUCCGAUGGCGUGUGUUGGACUUACCUCUGGAAUGACAUUCCGAGUGAGCUGAUGUGGUUCCCCCCAUCCCCCGCCUCUCCAGUUCCCUUUCAUUCAUUCAGGACUGAAGAAAUUCCUCA